UUUCCAGGUGUUUUAUUCCAGACAAACAUGUGGUGUUCUGCCCAGAGCAGUUACUCCGGGUCAUUCUGUCCCACGUCCACUACAUGCCUGAUCACUGGCAAGGGGCAGCCAAUCGAUAUGAGACCCGUGAUGAGUUUGCUCAGCUCUUUCAAUACAAAGCGGUCUUCAUCCUUGAGGAACUGCUGAGCCCCAUCAUCACCCCUUUCAUCCUCAUCUUCUGCUUAAGGCGCAAGUCCCUCGAGAUCAUCGAUUUCUUCCGUAACUUCACAGUGGAGGUUGUGGGUGUUGGGGAUACCUGCUCCUUUGCCCAGAUGGAUGUCCGGCAGCAUGGACACCCUGCGUGGUUUUCUGGAGGCAAGACUGAGGCCUCCAUCUAUCAGCAGGCUGAGGAUGGCAAGACCGAACUCUCCCUCAUGCACUUUGCCAUCACGAACCCUCAGUGGCAGCCCCCACAGGACAGUACUGCCUUCAUCAGCCAACUGAAGGAGAAGGUCAGCCGAGAGAAGGGCACAGUGAUUGGAAACCACAGCUUCCUUCCGGAGAACGGCCUGUUCACAUCCUUACAGUCCGUACAAUCUGAGUCCGAGCCUCACAGUCUGAUCACGAACCUGAUUGCAGGACCACCCUCCCUGGUAUUUCAGAGAGGACGAGACGGACCGUUGGAUCCAGCUUCCUCACUGCGAUCAUUCUCUCCAGGGCAGAAUGUUCCAGGCAGUCUCCACACCUCCCUGCUGCGGAACAAGUCAGGGAGACACACAGCUGGAUCCGGGUAAAAUGAAUAAAUUCCAACUGAUGGGCUU